CUGGUGGUUAAUACCGUUGAAGAGAGUUUUCACAAUCACAUAAUACCCCUGAAAGCAGCCCACUUAACAUGAAUUUGUGCCGGAAUUUCUUGGCUGCUGCGAUGCUGUUAGUCACGGUCACUUCUGGCCUAAGACCUCCGAGAUCCUACUACCGAAGGAGCUACUUCAGUGCAGUGGCCCCAGGAUCCGGACAUGGAUCGGGUUCUGUACCAGGACCUGUGCGAUUGGGACCUGCUGGCUACCUGCGAACCGAUCUUCAGACCAAUGAGAGCAAACACCGGCCCGUGAGCAAAAAGUAUCCCAAGAAGAGUCACUACAGACCCUACGGAUCGCAGGAGGAAGAGGACUAUUCCGGUGAGCGCUACAAUUCCGCGGAAUACUCGGGAGAGUCUUCCGUUCAGGACAGCCGGGAGUACACCAUUGGCACCCAGAUCCGCGUCCAGCAUCCGAUCACAAUACCCAAGAAGUCCAGUAGCUCUGGUUAUCCGAAGCAGCCGAAAUACGUGACUGCCAUUCCAUACAAGGCCACCGGUUAUGGCUCCGAUAUUCAAAAAGCCAUAGGUUAUGGUUCCGAUCACAUUGGAUCCGCAGAGGAUAUCGGUCCUCCGCCCAAGCGAUCGAAGUGGAAUCCAGUGCAGUAUGAUGCGGAAGCCGAUCCCUUCCAUCUAGUGCCACCGCCCAAGGCAACCGUCGCCUCCAGCAGCAAUUCCUAUAGCGUAUAUGAACCCGAACACGAUGAUUAUGAGGUGGUUCCAGUGCCUCGACCCAAGAGCCACGAUCGCUACAAGAAUGUGGCCUCCAAGAAGCAAAUAGAGGCAUAUCUUGAGGAUCAGCAGAAGCUGCUGGACGAGGCCAUCAAAGUGCAGCUGCUGAACAAUCCCAAGCUGCAGAAGUUCCUCAAGGCGCAGGCGCAGGAACAGGAGCGGGAAUCGCGGCCUGAUCUCGAGCUCGAGGACUUCGAGGCCUAUCCGCCAAACUUUUCCGGGCCGGGACACCUGCGCACCAAGUACAUCGACCACCCGCCACCACAUCCGCCCAAGGGAUCCCGAUCCCGCCGGCGUCCACCGGGCGGUGACCUCAACCGGCCGCCCAAGACCAUCAUCAAACCCAAACGGAAGUACCGAUCCACAGCACUGGUCAUCAAUGUGUGA